AUUUUUCCGGGGAACUACCCCCUGUUUUUCCGGGGAUUUCAACCCCCCCUUUUCCCAGAGUGUACGUGGCUGCGCAUCCUGAUCUGCCGGAGGAGGCCAAGAGCCUACGGAUCAUGGUCAACUGGCUGCACGGUAGUGGCCACGACCUAGCAUGCCAGCUUAGCAACAGCGGCUUGUACAAGCAGGACGCGGGGCGGCGCAUUGGCGAGCAGACGGAGCAACUGUGGAGCCAGACAAAGGCAAUUGCUGGCCUUGUUCGCUACAUGACGAAGCACCAUCGGCGCGACUUCAUUGAGGCGUUGCUCACCGUGCUCGGGCGGGACAAGUUGCAGCGCAUUGUGCGCCUGCUGGAGACCAAGUACAAGGACACGCAGCGGCUAUACGAUGAGUACACACGCCGCGAGGAGGAGGCAACCGCAACUGCCAACGCCAGUGGUAUUACGAACGUCUGGGCAGCAGCCGAGGAGUGGAUGCAGGCCAACCUGCUGCGAGGCAAGAAGGUGGACAACGAGGAGGACUCCAAGCCGGUAGAGUACGUGGAGCUGCUGUUGCACCACGUUGAGCUGAAACAGCUGAAACGCAAAGCUCCAGCGUUGGCUGUGGUAUCAUCGCCAUCGGCCGUCACAUUGACGGCCGCGAGCACUGAUGCUCAAGUAGCCCGCACUGCCAAGGCCAUCGCGCAGGCGGAGCUCAAGCUUGAGCUGGGGCCAGCUGCAGCGGCGGAGUGGCGCAAGUCAGCUGUCACCAUCACCUCUGGCACGGAGACUCCUCUCCUUCCUGACUUUGCGGCCGCCUUAGCGCGCCUCAAACAACGGGAGGUUAGCAGGUGCCAAGACCGCGUUGAGGAGCUUGUGCUGGAGAUUCAGCAGCUGGAGCUGCGGCAGGCGGGCGCGGCUGAUAAGGCUGCGAAGACCGCACGGAAGAGCGCACAGCGGAAGCGUGGGCAGGUGCGGGCCACUCUGGAGGAGAUGUACGUUUGGCAGCAGUUUGGUAACGGUGGAGACGGUGCUAGGUUGACGGAUAGCGACGUGCGCGGCCUGUUCCAGCCAGGCAGCCAGCCACCUUGGCGUGCUCCGGGUGUUACUACCGCAGCACAGCGUAUGUACCACGGCCGCCGUUUCCUAGAGGCGGCUGUGCAUCGGGCACGGGCUGGUGAAGAGCUAGGAAUUCUGACGGUGGAGAAGGCUCGAUUGGCACGUUGGCUCGAGGUGGUGCAGGUGCAGCUCGGUGUGGCACGUGCAAAAAGGCAGGAGUGUGCAGGCAGUGUGUUCCUGUUAGAUCAACACUUGGCGUUAGUGCAAGACCUGAAGUCCCAGCUUCAGCACACGAGCAUUCCGGAUCCCUCAUAAAUCCCUGAUGAAUGGGACUGGCAUGAUUUAUUUAUGAUGCAUUCAUUCGGACAUUCAUUAAUUCUUCUUGGUGGUAUGGUUGAUACCGCACCGUAAUUGUCGACUGACGGUAAGAUAAGCUAAACAGUGAUUGACGGCUGUGUGCAGAUGCGUAUGUCCCCCUGCGGCCCGGCCCCUAAUUGACAGAACUAGCACGCAACGCCCGGCCAGCUGGCGUCUUGAGUGGUAUUACACAUGUGGGCAAGCGUGCAAGGCAAUCCGUUGCAUUAAUCGUGUGAGGAGUAAAGCUGCAGCUCA